AUGAGCAACCUGUCUAAGCAUUUGUCAGCCCAGCAUGGAAAAGAUCCUGCUCAUCGGUCAGUUGAAGGAGUCACUCAUCAGCCGACCCCGCCUAAACAAGCUAAGCUUUUCUCAAGUAUUGGAGCGCAGCGGCAGCAGACAAAAACUAGUCGCUCUACUGUGGCUUCAGACCAGGUCAAGGAUGUCCUAAAAAGAAAGCUCAUCAUACCCACUGCUACACGCUGGAUCUCAACUCAUGACGCCUUGUCUCUCAUCACAGAAAUCCCAAUCAGAGAUUUAAACACAAUUUUUUCUAGACUGAGUGUAAAGAGCAUCAAUGAGCGAGAGUAUCAGUUCCUAAAGGAAUAUUGUGCAGUUUUGAGUCCUCUUGCUGCUGCAUUAGAUAUACUACAAGUAGAAGAUGAUUGCUACUACGGCACCCUCCUGCCAACCUUAGAGAUUCUCAUGUCAAAGUUGCUUGCGUUGAAAGAUGGCCUUUCCCAGAUGACUGCUGGCAUGCCUGGUGCUAUUGUACAGGCAAUCAAAGACAGAUUUGCAUCUGUCUUGGACAGCAAGGAUGCUCUGAUGGCUGCUGCCACAAUGCCCAAAUUUAAGGUCCGCUGGCUCAAAGAUGAGAAGAGAAGAAAUGCUGUUAAAACCAUGCUAACAUCUGAGUGUCGUGCCCGGAUUCCUGAAGAGCCACUGAUGAGACCAGCAGUUCAGAGCCCUGCCACCUCCAGUCACAAUGACUUUUUUGAAUUCGAAGAGGAGUUUUCCUACACUGCAGAGACUGAAGUAAUGGAAUACUUAAAAAUGCCUGGAUCUGACUGGGAGGUUCUCUCCAGGUUCCCCAGGAUUAAGGAAAUUGCAAAGUAGUACAACACUCCAAUACCGUCAAGUGCACCGGUCGAAAGGCUUUUCAGCCUGGGCAGUAUUGUUCUGACCCCAAGGAGGAACAGGCUGUCGGAUAAAAAAUUUGAAAGACUUUUACUUUUGCGAUACAAUCGUUAUUUCGAAGAAUAGAAAGAAAAAUGAACUAAAUGGGAUAAAGUUUAUUAGAUAAACUUUUUGUUGCACUUUCUGUUUUCACUGUUUCACUUUUGUUGCACUUUCUGUUUUGUGCAUUGUGAUGAUUGCAACAAACAAUAAUUCUUUAAUAGGUUCAAGAGUUUGUGACUUGGUAUGUUACCGCCUUUGGAAGCCACAUCUCCGGGAGUUAAAGGAGAGCGAGCUAAGGGGAAAAUGGGGUGAGGGUUUUUGGGAUGAAGUGAAUUUUCUGUUUAAUUAAUUAAUUUCAUUUUCUGUUUCUUUUUUAUGGGCUUAAGUGCAUUUUACAUUAAAAUUUAUUUUUACAGGAUAAAGUGACCUUUAUUUUUAUAUUUUUCAUUGAUCACUUGUUUUGUGUUUUUGCCAGUUUUUGACAAGCUGGUUUGGUUCUCAGGAGAAGAGUUUUGUUCUCAUGUUUCCCAAAGCCUGUGUUUUGAAACUUUUGUGUUGACACCAUUUUAAAAUGACCCCGUAGCCACCUUUAUCCUGUUGUUUCUGGAUUUUACGGUGAGGCAUAUUUCUUUGUGCAGAUGGGGAUAUUAUUAUUUUAUAUGGUACCAUAUUAAUACAAUAAACUAUGCAGAAAGGUUAAAAGAUAAUAAGGCUAUGAUGUUUGUCCAUGUAUGUGUACACGGUUAAGAAAAAGUAAAGUAAAGUAAUAAGUAGUGAAGUUACUUUUCAAGUGCAGUAACUAGUAAAGUAAUCUCAUUACAAUUUACAGAAGUAACUAGUAACUAGUAACUAAUUACAUUUUUUGAGUAACUACCCCAACACUGUUCGUCCACUGGUUCACCGCAGGGCUGUGUUCUUUCUCCGUUAUUUUAUAUCUUGUAUACUAAUAUGUGUCAAAGUAAUCAUGUAAACAGGACCAUAUUGAAAUUUUCUUGAUGACACUGUUGUUCUUAGUUUGUUACAUGAAAAUGAGUCUGGCCAUGGUCCUGUUAUGGAGGAGUUCGUCACCUGGUGUGAUGAAUCCUAUUUGGAGUUAUAUAUUACUAAAACAAAGGACAUGAUUAUAUUUUUAGAACUUGUGCUUCACGCCAUGACACCACAAUUAUUAAAGAUCAGGUUGUGGAUUGUGUAGAAAGCUACAAAUAUCUGGGCACAGUCAUAGAUUCUAAACUGACCUUUGAAAAGAACUGUGAGGUGGUAUGUAAAAAGGGCCAUCAGCGUCUGUUUUGCCUUAGAAAGCUGUCUAGAUUUCAUAUUGAUAAAACUAUGAUGACCCUUUUUUAUUGGGCAUAUAUGGAAUCAAUCUUGUCGUUCUACCUUGUAGCGUGGUUUGGAAAUUUGUCUUUGAAGAACAAAAACUCUUUAAAUCAAAUUAUUAGGUGGGCAAGUAAGAUCAUAGGUGAACCACAGCUUAACUUAGCAGACCUUUAUUCUAAUUUUUUAAAGCGCAAGGCGAGUUUUAUAAUUAAAGAUUGGUCCCACCCUUUACAUGAUGAGUUCCAGCUACUCCCCUUUGGAUGUCGGUUAGUGGCCCCUAGGUGGAGAACUAAACGAUAUAGGAACACUUUUGUACCUGCUGCUAUAAAACUAUUGAACGAAAAAAGCAGGAGAUGAUAUGUAUGGUUAUUUUAUAUAUUUUAGUUGGGUAUUGAGGGUGUGUGCAGAAGCAAAUUGUCAUGACCUUUUUACAUAUUGUAAUAUUUUAUUGUUAUUGUAUGUUAUUAUGUCUUUGUCUUAUGAAUUGUUUUUAAGGUUGAAUUGCUGAAUGUCUGGUCUGCGCAACAAAAUUACCUUUGGGUACCAAUAAAGAUACCUUGACCUUGAACUGUAUUGAAAGGGAACGAUAAGGUUACUCACGUAACCCUGGUUCUCUGAAAUAACGGGAACGAGCAUUGCGCAGCUGGCCGUGCUACAAAUGCCUACACAGCGAACUUUAUACGGCUGUGUGCUUCAGUCGUAUGAAAGUGAGCUCAUGGCGCUCUUUCCUGGACUAUAAAGGGCGUAGCCCUGCCCCUGACGCGGGCUCGAAGGCCGUAGGUCUGUAAUUUUUACAGACGUUAACCAAUAGGCUUCAAUGGCGGAGUAAACAGGAGUUUCCCCCCUAGCGUCAGCAACUGACGCAAUGCUCGUUCCCGUUAUUUCAGGGAACCAGGGUUACGUGAGUAACCUUAUCGUUUUAUUAAGUGAAAUUAACUUUUUUUAAGUAAGUUAAAUAAACUCAUUUCAUUUAGUGACUUACACUGUUAGGUACACAUAACUUACACAACCAGUUAUAGAUCAAUACUAAUGAGGGAGGGGCUCUAUAUAGAGUCGCUUAAGGCCCUUGCAACUAGUGAUGGUCAACCCGGAUCUUUUUAAGGAUUCGGGUUAAUCUGAGUCACUCACUAAUAUGAUCCAGGUUGUGCGAGUCACUUGAAUCACUUGGUCAAAAUCUCCCAGUUCCAAUCGCUAAUACUAAUGCAACCAAGCAACUCAGAUCACGCAUGCAGCUACGAGUCUACGACGACUCUGCUCGCAAAAAAGGGCUCAUGUUACCUGAGGAACUUGUAAAAAAAACAUGCAUGUCCGUGGUAACAUUAUCAAUAACAUAAUUGUAAAAGUUCGGUGUGUGUUUAGUUUCAUUUCAUAACGACAAAUAUAUCAACACCACGUUUAAAAGAUGUGAGGCUUUGUUGAAUUGGGCCGUGAGAGGAACAUGUCCUGUUUCAGAUUGACUUACAGGAUCCACGAUAGGCUUCCGUUAAUGCAGCCACACAGUCACUCAUCCGCGCAAGAACAUGAUCUUGUGAGUGAGUCCCAGACAGAGCCGCUCGCCCGCUCCUGCACGGGUCCUGUGAGUGAACCACUCACGUCACUCUGAGUGACUCAGUCAACAAGAGGAGCUGUGUACGGCCGUCGGUGGCGGAUCUUUACAGCAGCACUGCUGCAACAGUCCUCGUAUUUAACAUUUUUAAACAUUUGCAGCUUCUACCCAAAACAUUGUGCCAGUCAAAUAUUGCAACAGAUUAGCCUACAUGAGUCAGUGGGUUAAUAACACGAGCAAGGCUCGUCGGAUUCAAGCGCUAUGAGUUGAGUCACUCUCUGUGUGAAUCCCCGAGCCGCUGACCAACUCAUUGUCGCGGGCACGCAUCCCUUUGUACUCGGACUCGGAGCUGCAGAAAAUUACGAGUGAGCUUUUGGCUCACUCGGUACCCCCAGUCGACAUUUGAUGAUGUAAAUUAACUCGUUGUUGCAAGUUAUAGAACAUAUGGCAGCUUAUGUAGAGUUACGUGUUGUAAUUCUGUUGUAAACAUUUGAAGAGCUUUGGUUUUGAUCCAAUUUCUCAUUUUAAAGCAAAAUCUGAGAGGACUCAACUGACUCGGGUUAAUGGUCACUAAGGACUCAUGGUUGUCGAGUCAUUUUAGGGAUCGGGUUAAAUGAUCCGAGUUUCGAGUGACUCGCUCAUCACUACUUGCAACCUGUGUCCAUGCUAGGGCUGCACAAUUCAUGCUAAAAUGUGAAUCACCAAUCAUUCUCACAGUUUCUGAUUUCUGAUCAUUUCUCAAUCUGAAGGCUGCAGCCUCUGGAGGUCACAUUUCUAAGCUGCGCAUCAUAAAGACCGUCUAAUUUCAGAAUAUUAACAAUUAACGUUAUUAAGUUGACUACUAUUUUUAGUUAAUCAUAAAUUGUGGUAGUAUGUUUGUGACUUGCAAAUUUAAUGCUCUGUUAACUCAAGUGAACCAGGCUUGAUGAAGUAUGCAGCCUACAUAUGCGACCUCCGGAGGCUGCAGCCUUCUGAUUUAGAAACGUCCGGAGGUAACUAAUUUCCUUGCCUUCUUUCGGCACCAAUGUUGUUACAUCGUCACUUUCUUCAUCGCCAAACGGAUUUUCCACAAUGACGCUCGUUUAUCCUCCCUUUUUUGUGAAAAAAAUCCACCAAGUAAACAACUGUGUUUAGGUCUGCCGCCUUGUUAUACGUCACACGAGUGACAGUGGAACACCGCAAAUGAGAUGAGAGAGGAGAGAAUCGAUCGGGUCUAAUUGGUGAAUGAAUAGGGUUUGGUUUUAACCUGUAUGAGUGUGUGUUAGCAAGUUUGACUGAUAUUUUAGCAUCUUGGAUUGUAAUGUAAAUACGUGAACACGUGAAUGCAGCAUCUGAUUACAGGGAAAUACUGUAUAUGCAAGUGAAUCGCCGUCAUUUAAAAUGAAGAUUGCAUUUAUAAAUGAAUCGAGAUUGUGAUUCUUUUUCGAUUAAUCGUGCAGCCCUAGUCCGUGUGCAGUUGCUGAAACAACUUAAAAAGUGCUAUUUACCACAAUUUGAGCUUAGGAACAAAAGAUAUGAUAGAGUUUAUUGCAGGUUUUUGUUGUUUUGUUGAGAUUAGCACGCGAUUUUAGAGAUAUCCGUCUUUCCCAAAGUAGAUGGGACUUUUAGGCUGCGUCCUCUAUACUAUAUAGUAGGCAAAAAGCAGUUGGCAAAAGAAUAGUAGCCUAUGUCCGAAUCCUCAGUAUACAUAAGAGUAGGCAAGAAUUAUCAGGAUUUUUAACUAUUUCUCGGAAGAUUUAGAGCUACGUAUACUUAUGUAGCAUCCAAAACUGCCUACUUACAUACUAGUUGGAGAAAAUAGUAUGUGAACACCGUAGUAUGUCUGAUUUCUCAGUAAUCAUAAAAUGAGUAGGCGAAAAAUCCACGGAUGCCCUACUGCUAUAUGUUUUUAUUUAUUUUAAUGCACUUUAUUGUAUGGUGGUUUCAGGUGCACUUUAAUAAAAUGUUGGUCCUAUUCUAUACUUUCUUGGCAUUUACAUAGUGCCCGAAUUGAUUUCCCAUUAUGAAAGCAAUAUCCUGUAGCACAGUUUGUUCCGAAGGGGUGUGUGGAGGGAGUUUGGUUGCCUUUGUCACCUUUUCCAACCCUGAUGAGCAACCCUGUAAAUAGGUACUCAUUAAGAUUGCAAUCUCCGCAAUUAUUACAAAUAACUAGAGGUCAUCAGGUAAUAGUAAUCCUGUGCGAAUAGGGUUUUAGUGCCUUAACACUGUUAAUUAAACCAUUGGUUUGUUACAUUCGUCUUUUUCAUGCUAUAGCAGAUAUGUUGAUGUUUUUAAAUUGAUUAAAUUCGACCAAAUAUCAUAAUGUAUCUGAUAUACAUGACAGUUUGCCAUGAUUUUACUACCUAAACUCUAGCAGUAAAAC